CUGAGCAGACCCGUUGCGGCCAAGAAUUUUUGUUAAAAUAUUUCUAAUAAUUGGCGGCUGGGAGGCAUCCCUAUGUAGGCUUCGAUGCCCUAACCUCCCAUCCUAGUCUCCCGCUCGAAUCUUGAUCCUUCUGCGCUUACCAUGGAUCUCCUCGAGUUCUCCCGCCGCCGCCGGCGGUGGCUUCUCCUCGCCGCGGCCGCUGCCGGAAUCUCCGGUUACGGGGCCUACAGGCUCUACCACCUCCCCUCCGUGUCCCGGAAGCGCAGGAAGCUCGCGAGGCUCUUCAGAGCGCUGGUUGCUGUCGCUGACGCCGCCAGCUCCUCUGCCGACACCGUCGCCCUCGUCUCCUCCGACCUUAGCCGCUUCCUCCGCUCAGACUCCGACGAGAUCCCCACCAGCUUAAAACAAAUCUCCAAGAUCGCCCGCUCGGUGGAGUUUUCCGGCUCGCUCUCCAGGGUUUCCGAAGCGCUGACCGUCGGAAUCCUGCGCGGGUUCCAAUCCAGCUCCGUUCCCACCGAGCUGGAAUCGGUUUCGGUUUCGGGCUCCAGCUUUCUGGAUCGCUUUCUUGAUAAGCUCUUCUCCACCGCUGGGUCCGGCUUCGCCUCCGUGGUGGCCGGCAGCUUUGCAAGGAACCUGGUGACGGCCUUCUCUUCGAAGGGAUCCGAUGGUAGAGACUUCGGCAGCUCGCAAUCUGACUCGCCGGCGGUGCCGCGGUGGGUUCAUUUGAUCUGCAGUGAUAAGUGUCGGGAAUUGAUCGGCGAUUGCAUCCAGUUAUUUGUUAGCACUGCUGUCGCGGUGUACCUCGACAAAACGAUGGAUAUCAAUCCCUAUGAUGAGAUCUUCUCCGGCCUCACCAAUCCCAAGCACGAGGCGAAGGUGAAGGACAUGCUAACUUCAGUCUGUAAUGGUUCUGUGGAAACUCUGGUCAAGACUUCACAUCAGGUGCUUACCAGAUCCAAUUCGAGCUCCCUGCUUAACAGAGUACAAGGUGUUAAGCAAGAAGAGGACUUGACCAUGGAGAACGAUGGGGAUACUUCAUUUGCUUGUAAGAGCAAGGAUGGUGGUGGGUGGGUUCAUGAGGUUUCAUCCACAUUGGCAGUGCCGAGCAACUGGAGGUUUGUACUUGAUGUUACAGGGAGGGUAACAUUCGAAACGGUGAGGUCAUUGCUUGAUUUCAUGCAGUGGAGGCUGCGCAAUGGUGCGAGGAGAGGUGUGAAUGCUGUUUGUGAUGAGGUGGCUGAUAGAGGAUUGGCAGUGUUGAGAUACAUCAGUGCCAAGUCUGUGGUUAUUCUUACGAUAUGCCUCGCCUUGUGCAUGCAUGUGCUGGCCAGUACAAGGGUUUUCAUGCCAGCUUAAGUUGGUAGUGGAAUCCUUCAACCUGUGUAGCAAUCUUCAAAUUAUUGUUCACGAGCUUGCUACUGAAGCACCAUCAAGUGAUAUUUUUCUAUCGUACGCAUCUCACCAUGGCUUCGCUGGUUUGAUGUACCUAUUUGGUUUCUGUUUGGAUUUGAAUUUUUGGCUAUCGUCAUUUUUUCAGAAGUGGCAUUUACUCAAAACUAAGAUAGGGUGAAGUUAUCUGUUAAUCCUCUUAUCUUCUUCACGCUACUUUUUGAUCAACUGAGUACUCACAAAUGCUUGACAAAAUGAUGCUUUUUGAUAGCAUGUGUUGGUA